AGUGAAGCGUGCUUAAAAGUCCCAGGAGACCCUAGGAAGUAGCAGAGAAACUAGAAUGUCCGAGCCUUAAGAUCCCGCUUCCGCCUGCCCUGCACUGAAUGAAGUGAACAGGGAACCCGCACCGCCUCCUAAAACCACGUGACACAGUCGUCCGCUCACUGCCGUCUAGUUAGUGAGUGCGCAUCUAGGUAUGGUAGCGGCCCGGCAGACGCACAAUGCUGAUCCGCUUUCACAAUUCAAGCCGUGACGUGGUGAAUGAGCAGCAAUAGUAAGGUUUGGCGGCCACUGUACGCAUGCGCAUCUCACAACAGUCGCCGCCAUUACAGGAAAGGGCAAAACUGCCCUCGGUGACAUCACCACUCCCUCGCAGUUGUAACAAGAUGGCAGCUCCCUCAGUUGGAAGUAGCUCUUCUAAACAAGUUUUGCGGAUAUUGGCGCUGCACGGUUACCGUCAGAACGAGCAGAGUUUCUGGGAGAGGACGGGGUCUCUGAGGAAGAACCUGAAAAACCGUGCAGAGAUUGUGAUGAUCAGUGCCCCCCUAGUCAUCCCAUGCUCGGAUUCUGAUGGUGAGAAUGAUCCACGAGAGGACCCCAGAGGCUGGUGGUUCUCAGACCCUGAGAAAGCUCAUUUUAAUGCCACAGAUGAAACCAAGUCAUGCUCGGGUUUAGAGCAAUCCAUGAAUGCUCUGGCCAAGGCUUUUUCAGAACUAGGGCCUUUCAAUGGCGUUUUGGGUUUCAGCCAAGGAGCUGCCUUGUUGGCUAUGCUAUGUUCAUUAAAACAGCGAGGAGAUCCCCGCUUUCAGUUCGACUUUGCUAUACUGGUUGCCGGAUUCAAGAGCUGCGCAUUUGACCACACAGACUUUUACAAGGAGCCAAUCACCAUUCCUUCACUCCAUGUCUAUGGUGACACCGAUCGUGUUAUCCCAGGGGAAAUGAGCCAAGAGCUGUCCUCCCACUUUGUGAACCCGGUUAUACUUACACAUCCAGGAGGACAUUACAUACCAGUGUGCGCUGCACAGAAGAAAGUAUACUUCCCAUUUUUGGAUUCUUUCCGUAAAUAAGUAGAUAUGUGUGUGUGGGGGUGUUUAACAUUUAACCUCAUCCACCUGACACUGCAGGAAAUAAGGAGGCCGUCUUUGCGGUUGAAAUGCAGUUUGUCUUCAAAGCAGUGAUUUUCGCUUUAGGGAAACAUUUCACAGAGUAAAAAUAAACAGCCCUGUGUUUUAGCACAGUCCUGUAAAUAGCACAGGACUGUGAGGUUAUUAACCAGUUUAGUGCUGCAUGGGGUUGAUGCCAUACACUAGCUUUCUAAGCACUUAAUUGGCCCCUCGGAUGUCAUUGUGUACUCCAGGCAACCGCAACCCCUUCAUUUGUUUGUUAGGUCUUUCCCACAUUCCUCCGUAUUGCCCUAGGAGCCUCAGUUUCACAUACAGGGAUGGCCAUACUUUAGAUAUUAUCACAUCCGUCACAGGCAGUGCUUCACAAGUAAAUGUAGUGCUCUCUUAUGUCCCCUCCCGACUCUCCCUUUAAAAAGCUUAUUUAAAGGUUCAUUUCCCCUUGGCAAUUAAAAAACUGAACGUUAAAUGUCAGUUGUGUACAAAGCACUGAUGCGAAAAUGGAAGCUAAUUUGUGAUGGACUGCUGCUUUAACCCAUUCAGCACUGAAGGUUCACAAAGCAAAAGUUAUAGGUGAACAUGAUUUUUGACAGUGGUCUGUGGGAUCUUAUUGACUCUUUCAGAGCGGCUUAAGCAUCUAGGAUCUAUUCAGAGGAGGCUGCAGUGAUGCACAGACAUGGUAAUAGAGCAGGAGGCGACUGCUAUAAGUAGACGCCACCUGCAUACAUAUGUGAUCCAGUGCUGUGUCCUCAGCAUAGGUUCACUGGAAACACCAAUGAGGUUACACGGCCUGCCGCAGCUCAGAACAAGAAACCAGGAAAUCUCUAUCGGAAGACCCCAGCCUUGGCACUCCCACAAAACAGGGACGACACCCCUUCGUUUCAUGAAGCGCCUGCCAUUGCCGCCCCCUUGCCGCAUCUUGUGCUUAGAGCUAGAACACUGGUUUAAAUAUUACCAAGGCAUCUGUCUCAGGCAGCAAAUACUAUGGUAAAUAAAAGGACCACUGUGCCCGA